UGCGCCUUCCGGAUAAGAUAUUAUAAUAAAACAAAAUGGUAGCCCCCAUGUUUUAGUUUGUUGUGGUGUCGUUAACCAGUUAGUGGCUAAUAUGACAGCCUGAAAUGUCAGUUUAGACGAUAACAUGUCGACCGUGUUCCUCCAUGUUGGUCAAUGUGGAAAUCAGGUUGGUCACGCUUUUUGGAAGAAAGUUGACAAAGACAACAGCGUCAAGGAAAGCCAUUCUUUUGUGCACCCUGAUGGCAAGCAGAGAUCAAUUCAUGUUGACAGUGAGCCCAAGGUUCUACAGAAAAUAUCGAGGGGCUUGAAAAUAAGAGAAGGAAAUAUUGUUUGUGGAAAACAAGGCAGGGGAACUAACUGGGCUUUAGGUUACUAUGGCAGCCAGAGGGAACAACAUCUGUUGGAGGACAGCAUUGAGAGGGUCAGAAAGGAGAUAGAAAAGUGUGACACCUACAGUGGAUGUAUCAUGAUGCACAGUUUGAGUGGAGGCACAGGGUCAGGUUUGGGGUCACGUCUGUGUGAGGAAAUGAGAGACCACUAUCCGCUUGCCCACCUGAUGUCGUGUGCGUUUGCUCCUUGCAAGUCUGGAGAAAGUCCGCUCCAGCACUACAACUCGCUGCUAACCUUAUCCAAGCUACAGAGGAACUCAGAUUGUGUGAUUCUGACACACAAUGAUGAUGUACUUCAAACCUUGGAGAAGAAGGUCAAGGGCAGUGUGUCAUUUGAUAAUAUGAACAACAGUAUUGCUGCAUCCCUGUGUGGUCUAUUUCUACCUACAGACUCCCUCACACCUACCAGAGGUGUCAGUAUUGGCAUGGAGCCAUGGGAGUUAAUUAGAGCGACAUGUCCAGUGCCUGGAUACAAGUUUCUCCAUAUAAACCAUCUCUCUAGGAGCAAACUUACAUGGGAGGCACUGAUGGGUCAGCUACUGUUAGGUGUUCGCAGAUAUAACACACAAGGUGGCGCUUUGGGAAGCCUCAGUAAUGUUGUGAUCGCUCGCGGAGACAGUGGAAAAACCUUUCUGUAUUCCAUGAAGACAUUAGAGAAAAAGAUCAAGGCCGUUUAUAACUGUGUGACCUGGAACCCUUUCCCAUUGGAUGUUUGGACAGCUGCCACAAACCCUGCUGGGCCUAGAGAGGCUGCAUCUAUUACCAUAGCAUCCAACCACGGCACAGUUGUUGAUUAUCUGGAGACUCUGGUCCAGAGGUCAAAGGUUAUGUAUGAUGCCACUGCAUACAUUCACUGGUACAAACGUCACGGGUCGGGGCAGGAGGAUUUUGAAGAAGCUUUUGAAACAGUAUAUGAAGUACUUGAGGAUUAUAAAGGUGCCUUGAAAUGAUGAUUCAAAAGCUAUACCUGUAUGGAAACGACUAACAACCUCUCAGGUAGUUGGAUCACAGCUGGAUGCAGUCCAUUCAAGUUCACAGAUCUUCAACUGGGCACCUAGGGA